CUAUUUCUCCUAUGUUCCUCCAGCCCCUGAGCAGCAACCUCCAUCACCCGCCAUCCUUUACUCGGACACUCAUCCAACAAAACCGGGAAACCCACCUCAUAAACCGCCUCUCUCGGCCUCCUCAGCCACAAUUCUCAGCUUGCUGCUUUCAGCUCUCCACCACCAACAGGCUAAGUGGGCUGUUUGAUAGAGGCAGUAGUCAAAACUUCAGUUUUCGAAGAAGGCAAAUGGAGUUCUUGGCUUAUUGUUGAAAUUUCCCUAAUCAGAUGCUUUUCUGGUGCAAUGGGUGGUUAGCUUUUCAUAUGUGAAACCACUUAAAUGAAGAUGUGUUCCGCAGUUUAUGGCUGCUAGAAUGGACAUCAUCAUACCACGAAGUUUGUCCGUGAUUGAAAAUGCAUGUUUUGAAAGAUCAUCUACAGAUUUUAAGAAUUGUAAUGCUCUCUCGGAGUGGAAUGACAAACAGAAUUUAGUUGUGCAUAUUGCAGUGGUUGCUACAAAGUAUGCAAGUUCUCAAAUAAAGAGUCCUCAACCAAUUAGACGUGGUUGGAGAACGGCAUUUGCUUUAGACACAGGUGGACUUCCAGAUAACGAUGACCAAGACAGCUUUAACAAUUUUGGCGCUGGCCUUGGUGGAACUCGUUUGGGCCGCAUAGUAAGUGCAGCAGGUAGGCAGCUUUUGGGGAAGCUUAAUUCAGCUAGGAAGAAUUUCCCGAUGAAGAUAUUUCUCCUCCUCCUGGGAUUCUACACAGCUAAUGCCUUGGCUACAAUUCUUGGGCAAACUGGUGACUGGGAUGUACUGGUGGCUGGGGUGGUUGUUGCUGCAAUAGAGGGUAUAGGUAUGCUAAUGUAUAGAAAGCCUUCCUCUAUGUCCAGGGGAAGGCUGCAAUCUCUUGUGGUGAUGAUAAACUAUUGGAAAGCAGGUAUUUGCUUGGGCCUCUUUGUGGAUGCUUUCAAACUAGGUAGUUGACUUCUUGAACCUGCACAUAAUUUCUUAAACCCAAUAAUUUAUAGUGUCCAUUGAGCUUU